AUGCGUGUUCAAGUUCUCCCAGUUAUCGCCCUCCUUUCCCUCGGUGCCUCGGCCCAAGAUCUUGGUAGCAUCGUCAACUCAAUAACCUCAGAUAUCGGCGGAGCAGUUGACACAGCUACAUCUGCCAUUGGUGGAGCCGUUGAUACUGUCACUUCUGGUGCUGGAGGCGUCUUCUCGACCGUCACCUCAGGAGCAGCUGGCGCUUUCUCAACGGUAACUUCAGGGGCUGGUGGUGUCGUUUCAACUAUUACCUCAGGCGCCGGUGGUGUCGUUUCUACUGUUACAUCAGGAGCUGCUGGCGCAUUUAGCACCGCAACUUCCGGGGCCGCUGGAGCCUUCUCUACAGCUACCUCUGAUGCUGUUGGCGCAUUUUCCACAGCUACCUCUGCUGCCGCCUCCCGAUACUCGAGCAUCAAGAGUGAAGCUAGCAGCGAAAUUUCUAGCUUGAGCUCCGUCGCCCAGACUGCCACCGACAGUGCCGUUAAGAGUUCGAUCAGCGCGGCAAUGAGCAGUAUCAGCAGCGACGUCGCUAGCGCCAGUUCUGAAGUGAAGAGUGCCACUAGCAAAGCUAGCAGUGCUCUUAGUUCCGCCACUAACAGUGCCGCCAGCGCUACUUCUAGCUCAGGAGCUAUGAGAACCCAAGUUCCAAUGGCUGGAGGAGCUAUUUUGGGUGCGGCUUUAUACUUGUUGUAA